CCGGCCCCGGGGCCGCACCCGGCGCCCGCUCAGCUGGGAGGCCGCCGCCGGGGCCGGACAGAUGACCCGGUGUCCGCGGGAUCGCCGCGGAACUCCCACCGACAGCCACUGAGCUCUGCAGGAAAAGACACAUACCAAUCGGGCGUGUCCUCUGCCCGGGUAUAAAGGUGCACCGAGUCAUCAGAUGGACACCACUUGUUCAAUCCACGGCGGCACUGCUUCAGUCUGCACUCCUACACUACAUCAUGAUGCGGACUGUGCUCCUGCUGACGGCGGCUGUUCUGGGAGCCGCCGCCGACCAUCCGCCGCCCGCCGUGUCGUCCUACCAGGCCGGGGCGGCCGUCAGUGCGGCACCACAGCCCGUCCAGGACACCUACGAGGUGGCUGAGGCCAAGAGGGCCUUCCAGCAGGAGUACCAGAAGCUGGCCAGGGAGGCUGAACUGGCCCCCGACACCCACCAGUACACUGCGCAGCCCCAGUUCUACCAGCAGCAGCCCCAGUACUACCAGCAGCAGCCCCGUCCCGCCUACACCCUCGGCCAGGCCCCACAGCCGGUCCAGGACACCUACGAGGUGGCUGAGGCCAAGAGGGCCUUCCAUCAGGAGUACCAGAAGCUGGCCAGGGAGGCUGAACUGGCCCCCGACACCCACCAGUACACUGCGCAGCCCCAGUACCACCAGCAGCAGCCCCAGUACUACCAGCAGCAGCCCCGUCCCGCCUACACCCUCGGCCAGGCCCCACAGCCCGUCCAGGACACCUACGAGGUGGCUGAGGCCAAGAGGGCCUUCCAGCAGGAGUACCAGAAGCUGGCCAGGGAGGCUGAACUGGCCCCCGACACCCACCAGUACACUGCGCAGCCCCAGUACUACCAGCAGCAGCCCCGUCCCGCCUACACCCUCGGCCAGGCCCCACAGCCCGUCCAGGACACCUACGAGGUGGCUGAGGCCAAGAGGGCCUUCCAGCAGGAGUACCAGAAGCUGGCCAGGGAGGCUGAACUGGCCCCCGACACCCACCAGUACACUGCGCAGCCCCAGUACUACCAGCAGCAGCCCCAGUACUACCAGCAGCAGCCCCGUCCCGCCUACACCCUCGGCCAGGCCCCACAGCCCGUCCAGGACACCUACGAGGUGGCUGAGGCCAAGAGGGCCUUCCAGCAGGAGUACCAGAAGCUGGCCAGGGAGGCUGAACUGGCCCCCGACACCCACCAGUACACUGCGCAGCCCCAGUACUACCAGCAGCAGCCCCGUCCCGCCUACACCCCCGGCCAGGCCCCACAGCCCGUCCAGGACACCUACGAGGUGGCUGAGGCCAAGAGGGUUUUCCAGCAGGAGUACCAGAAGCUGGCCAGGGAGGCUGAACUGGCCCCCGACACCCACCAGUACACUAAGCAGCCCCAGUACUACCAGCAGCAGCCCCAGUACUACCAGCAGCAGCCCCGUCCCGCCUACACCCUCGGCCAGGCCCCACAGCCCGUCCAGGACACCUACGAGGUGGCUGAGGCCAAGAGGGCCUUCCAGCAGGAGUACCAGAAGCUGGCCAGGGAGGCUGAACUGGCCCCCGACACCCACCAGUACACUGCGCAGCCCCAGUACUACCAGCAGCAGCCCCGUCCCGCCUACACCCCCGGCCAGGCCCCACAGCCCGUCCAGGACACCUACGAGGUGGCUGAGGCCAAGAGGGUUUUCCAGCAGGAGUACCAGAAGCUGGCCAGGGAGGCUGAACUGGCCCCCGACACCCACCAGUACACUGAGCAGCCCCAGUACUACCAGCAGCAGCCCCAGUACUACCAGCAGAAGCCCCGUCCCGCCUACACCCUCGGCCAGGCCCCACAGCCCGUCCAGGACACCUACGAGGUGGCUCAGGCCAAGAGGGCCUUUCAGAUGGAGUUUGACCGGCGCGCUGCUCUGGCUCAGUCUCCCUCGUACAACUGAAGGAUGGCUGCUGAAAGAUGACUGUUUGUUGCAGUGUUCCCGUGGAUGAAAUAAAGCGUAUUUCGUUGUUUUA